UUAAUUAUGACCGGUUGAUUAAGUGGAAUCUGUCUUGUUCCAGUAGUUCUCACAAGACUUCUUCGCUUAUAUAUAUAAAUCCACCAAUCAAACCAUUGCUUGCUAUUUAAGGGUUCUACACAAUAAUUUUAACCAAAUCUAAAAAAAAAAGUGGAUAAUUGGAUUAUGUAUUGUAGCAGUACUGGUCGUAUAUUUGACUUACUGGCUAAACAAAUGGAGCAAUCCAAAGUGCAAUGGAGUCCUCCCUCCUGGUUCCAUGGGUCUACCUCUUAUUGGAGAAACCCUUCAGUUGAUUGUUCCAAGUGACUCUCUAGACCUUCAUGCAUUUAUCAAAAAGAGAGCUCAAAGAUAUGGACCAAUAUUUCGAUCUAGUUUGGUUGGUCGGCCUAUAGUACUAUCAACAGAUCUUGAAUUCAACCAUUACAUUGUUAAACAAGAAGGAAGGUUAGUAGAAAUGUGGUACUUGGAUACAUUUGCCAAGUUUAUAGGGAUGGAAGGCGAAAAUAGGAUAAGUGCAGUUGGUAAUGUCCACAAGUACAUAAGAAGCAUCACAUUGAAUCACCUUGGUGCUGACGCCGUUAAGGAAAAGUUGCUUCCUCAAAUGGAAGAAGUUGUUAACAAAACCCUACAAACAUGGUCAAGUCAACCUUCAGUUGAAAUGAGAGAUGCUGCUUCUGAAAUGCUUCUUGAUUUCAGUGCGAGGAUAUUCUUUAGUUAUGAUGCAGAAAAACUAUUACAGUUAAAACUGAGUGAAAAGUUCGCUAAUACCUUAGGAUGUCUCAUGUCAUUUCCCUUGAAUAUCCCUGGUACAACAUACCAUAAAUGUUUAAAGUCACAAAAAGAAGCAAUGAGCAUGUUGAGAAAAAUAGUAAAAGAGAAGAUCACUUCACCUGAAAAAAGAUCUGAAAAUUUGCUUGAUCAAGCUAUAGAUGACAUGGAAAAGGAGAAGUUCUUGUCAGAAGACUUUAUCGUCCAACUGCUUUUUGCGAUCUUAUUUGCUAGCUUUGAGACUUCAGUAUCAGUAUUAUUAGCGUUGAAGUUUCUUGCAGAGUAUCCUGCAGCUUUAAAAGAGUUGACGGAUGAGCAUGAGGCAAUUCUUAAGAAUAGAGAGAAUCCAAAUUCCAUACUCACAUGGGAUGAAUAUAAGUCGAUGACUUUUACAUUUCAAGUAAUCAAUGAAGUUCUAAGGAUGGGAAAUGUUUCUCCUGGGUUAUUACGAAAAGCAUUGAAGGAUAUUGAAUUUAAAGGAUAUACAAUUCCAGCUGGUUGGGCCAUUAUGCUGGUAAAUUCUGCUCUUCAGGUAGACCCAAACACAUUCAAGGAUCCACUGGCCUUCAAUCCAUGGCGUUGGAAGGAUCUAGACCCAUUGGUUGUAUCUAAGAAUUUCAUGCCUUUUGGAGGAGGAAUUAGACUAUGUGCAGGGGCGGAGUAUAUUAAAUCAUUCAUGGCUACAUUCCUCCAUGUUUUGGUCACCAAAUAUAGGUGGACAAAUGUCAAGGGUGGAACCAUUGCUCGAACUCCUGCUCUGGAAUUUAUAGAUGGCCUCGAAACUAAAUUCUUUGUGAAGAAUAAUUAAAAGAAAAUCCAAUUUCAUGAAAAAUAAUGGAUAUUUAUAUAUUGAAAUAAGAUGUUCUAAUUUCACGAAAAAUAAUUGGACACAUCCAAAUGCAAGUACAUUUUGCUUCUCUUAUUGUAUAUGUAUUUCAGGGUUUUGAUUAGAUCACUUCCAACAAUACAUCAUUUACAAAAUGUGGACAUGGUAUGAAAUAUUAUAUAUUUGAAUGUGAAAUAAUAAUUCUCCUGUA